AAUCUCCACAGUGAACAAGCUCCUUACUGGCGUGCAUUGCAGACUCGCAGCCAUCACAAGAAGGAUGUCCUGCUACAGCGAGUCCUGCAGACCCCGCGAGGUGACCUGCCCUCAGCCGAUUGCCGAGAGCUACAAUGAGCCGUGUGUGCAGCAAUGCCCUGACUCCAGAGCAGUGAUCUUCCCCCCGCCGGCUGUGGUGACAAUCCCGGGCCCCAUACUCAGCUCUUUUCCUCAGGAGAGCGUUGUGGGAUCAUCAGGCCCAGCCUGGCUGGGGAGUUCCUUCAGUUCCCGAAGCUCCCAGGGCUCAGGGGGCUCCUUUGGCUUGGGGGGCUAUGGGGGCUCCUUGGGCUAUGGGAGGUUGCAGAGUUCUGGGGGCUCCUUUGGUGUGGGGGGCUAUGGGAGCUCCCUGGGCUUGGGGGACUCCUCUGGUUAUAGGGGUUUCCGGGGCUAUGGGAGCUCCUUUGGUUCUGGGGGCUACGGGGGCUCCCUGGGCUACGGGGGCUCCCUGGGCUUGAGAGGCUCUGGAGGCUCUGGGGGCUCACUCGCGUAUGGCCGUGCCCUAGGUUAUGGAGCUGACAUGGGCUACGGGGGCUCCCUGGGCUAUGGGGGCCAAGGCGGCUCCAGUGGCUUUGGCAAUUGUGGGAGAUCCUACAGCUCUGGCUUCUCCUCCUGUGGCACGGGCUACUACCUCCCUGGCACCUGGAGGUGGGGCAGGUCCCACCGCGGGAGCUGCGGGGCUUUCUAAACCCCCCAGGAUGGUGCCCAGAACCAGCAACAGCCCUGAAACAAGGACCACGGCAUGAAGACAUGGAGCAAGAACCCUGGGGACCAGCAGCACGCAUCAGCUGCCCUGGCAAGGGGACAGGAGGAGGCCUUGCAUGCCCAGCAGCCUGCUACCCUGUGCCACCACGUGCCCUGGCUUCGUGGCUCGGCCUCGGCAUCCCCUGCAUCCCUCCAUCACCUCAGCUGGCCCCUGGGUCCUGAGCAGGGCACUGGUACCUGAGUGGGACACCUCCAACACGCAUUUCCCCUUGUAUUGCCUUCAUUCUUCUGGAACUGGCUGCCUCUGCUUCUCUUUCGCAUUUAAAACCCCGUGGUGUUGCACAAGAGCCUCUCUGGUUUUCAUUUGCCCUUUAGUCUCCUCUUGGAGCAAAGCUCCCCGGUGUUCUUAGUUAAGUUAUCAAAGAAUCUGUCCUGCUCAAUCUCUCUUUAAAAUGUGGAAUGAAAGUUUAAUUGGGAUCCUUCAGGCAUCAACAACAUUGUGUUAAUAAAUGUUUAUUUAGCAAUUUCACAGUCAUUAUCUUCCCCAAGGUUCAGAACAGGCAGGGUAAUUGUUAUUGCUGUGAGGAUUUCUGGUGACACACCAAAGGCCCCCCAAUCACCAUAUAAUUUAGCAACCAAUUAAGACAUAAUUGCAGUAUUCCUAAACUAACAAGGCAACAAAGGAAGAAUCAUACAUAAAUUUUCUUUAAUUUGAUUUAAAAAUUUUCUUCCUGGUAUUUACUGCCAUUCUUUGUUAAUGGCAAAAUCUUCUUCAAAAUCUAAAAAGUGAAUAUGAAAAUAAUACCAGAGAUUGCAGGGAUUUUAUUGAGCUUCAAGGUAUUGGAAUACCAAGCAAUGAAAUUAUAUAUUGCCUGUAAGACAACAUUAGCUUUCCCAUCCUCUUUCAUGCCAUGGAUUGUUAGCCAGGAAUUACUAUUUCAUAUUGCACGUAAAGAAGUCUAAGGGGAAAUACAUCCUAUCAAAAAAAAGGGUAUUACUCAUUGCUUACAUUUAUCUAUGAUUACCUCCUUAUUAAUUGGUAUGGUGUGAUUUAAACGAAGUUCUGUCUGGUACUGACAAUUUAUGCACAGGCAAAUUUCCCCCAGAGAAGGCUCCAAAGAGAAAGAGAGGAAGAACAUUGCAAGACACAUAUUAUGAUGCACCAUAAAUUUAAUGAGCAAAAAGUAGAAUUUUAAAAAAUGUACAGCGUAACAAAGCAGUAGAGAUGAACAUGGAUAAAACUAAUCAUCCAUUUCGAAGGCAAUGCUUUACAGCUGGACACCCAGCUCCUACAUGCAACAAUACAAGUUACAUUUUUCACCUCAUUGAUAACAGAGAAAGGCAUUAAAUCAGAAAUGCCAAGCUCCUGCAGUCCCAUUAGCUUAGGGAAAAGCUGAGGGUGGUCAGCAAGCAUAUGGCCAUGGUCAUGAAUUCAGUCCUGCAUCCGGAUCACGCUUUUAGGCUUCUAGUUGUUCUUUUGUGGUUCUUCCCCAAGGCUCUA